ACAAAAUAUUCAUCUAAAUUUUAAAAACUACAUACCUGCACGGUACCCACAUGAUUUUAAAGUUCGUUUAUACAAGCAAUGAGACGCACCGGAAGAGGGCGAUAUCGCAACAACUGGUAUCGUUCUAAAAAUAAAGGAAACAUUAACUUCGAUGAUUCGAGCCUCAACAACACCUCAACAUCCGCAAGGGUCACUAGUACUGCUGGGUCUUCAAGAGCACCAGCUAAUCAGCUUCCCAUAGUAAUAUCUGUUGGAACGGAUCUUAACAACAUAUGGAAAUUGUACUUUCCGUCCGAGGAAAAAGGAUCCAAUGAAACAGUGGCUAAGCAUAUUAAUAGUUUCAAGCUAUAUAUAAAUAAGAAUAGGAACUUGUUCGAUUUGGAAAAAAUAGAUCAAACUCACAGCGUACCAUUGGAUGUGCAGAACUUGCAAAAUGAUGAUGAAUUUAUUCAAGAGUGGAGUUCCUUUACUACUGACCUUUUUGAGAAUCCAGUCACAACAUUGUCCACACUAGAAUAUUGCUUGCAUGAGACUUUAAACUGUGCAGUAAAACUAAAAGUGAGAAUACUAAAUCAUCAACCAGUUAUACCAAUUGCGAGUUUGAAAGUUAAUUAUUUUGGUAAAUUAGUAACAAUAAAAGGAACAGUAAUAAGAGUGGGCAGUAUUGGACUUAUUUGCACAUCCAUGGCGUUCGAAUGUUCCAGUUGUCACAGUGUUCAAGCUGUUAUUCAGCCACAAGGAGUAUUUACUGCUCCGAACUUUUGUCAGAGUUGUAAUAGUGGCGUUAAGUUUGAACCUCUACAGUCCUCGCCGUACACAAACACCACAGAUUGGCAGGUUGCGAAAAUACAAGAGAUCCAGUCUCAUAGCAUUUCCGGUACUAUACCUAGAAGUGUUGAGAUUGAGCUCCAAGGAGAUUUAGUUGGGACUGCAUGUCCAGGAGACGUGCUCUCAGUCACUGGUAUAGUACAGGUCCGUGGCGAGAGUAAAGGCGGAGAAGACGGAAAGAGAGCUGCGAGAUUGUUGCAGUUAUACAUUGAAGCUAUUUCCAUUCACAGUCAGAGGAACUUAUCCAAUCCGACACUCUCCUUUACUUUAAAGGAUUAUUAUGCAAUACAGGAAAUUCAUGGAUCCGACGACGUAUUCCGCUUACUAGUUCACUCGCUGUGUCCGACCAUCUUUGGUCAUGAAGCCGUGAAGGCCGGCCUUAUCCUGGGGUUGCUGGGUGGAACUGAGCUUGAGAACGGUCCGAGAUCUAAUCCUCACAUACUCGUUGUCGGAGAUCCAGGACUGGGCAAGUCGCAGUUGCUACAAGCUGCAGCGCAUGCUGCGCCCAGGGGUGUGUAUGUGUGUGGAGCUUCGGCAUCAGCGGGAGGACUGACAGUGGCAUUAGGCAGGGAGGCCGGAGGUGAUUUCGCGCUCGAAGCUGGCGCAUUAGUUUUGGCUGACAAAGGCGUUUGCUGUAUUGACGAACUAGACAAAAUGAAAGCGCAUCACAGCAGUCUGCUGGAGGCCAUGGAACAGCGGCGCGUGAGUGUUGCCAAGGGAGGUGUGGUGUGCAGCCUGGCCGCUCGGGCCACAGUGCUAGCCGCCGCCAAUCCUGCCGCUGGAAGCUAUAAUAGAGCAAAAACGGUAGUCAAAAAUUUGAAACUAAAUUCAGCGCUACUUUCGAGGUUUGAUCUAGUUUUUAUACUUUUGGAUCAACCGGAUGAGAAAAUGGACGCGAUGCUCUCUGAACAUGUGUUAGCGCUUCACGCUGGUCAUAAAACAAAGAAAUCGGCACAGGGUAGCAGUUUUAAUAGCAGCAUGCAUACUAGUCAGAGUAAUAAUAGCAAACGUUCUCUUAGUCAAAGACUCAGACUGAAGCCGGGAGAGGAGAUAGACAAUUUACCUCUUGUAUUGUUACGGAAGUACAUAGCUUACGCACAGAGAUAUGUACAUCCGAAAUUGAGUAAAGAAGCGGCAACUGCACUACAGGAAUUUUAUCUGGAGCUGCGUCACAACCACGACGCGGAUCCUAGUGGUGGUACACCUAUAACUACGCGGCAGCUAGAGGCGUGUAUUCGAUUGACACAGGCUCGUGCGAGAGUAGAACUACGAGAAGAGGCGACAGUGGAUGAUGCUAAUGAUGUUAUUAGCUUAAUGAAACACAGCUUGAUCGACACCUUUAGCGAUGAAUUUGGAAACAUUCAACUAUCUCGGUCUAUCAACGGUUCUGGUGUCAGUUCAAAAAGCAAGUUGAAGAAAUAUUUGGAAGCAUUAACAAGACAAUCACAUCAGUUAGGAAAAGAUAUUUUUACACGACAAGAGUUGAUACAAAUACACAAAGCAGCUGGAGUCCAGGGUGACGCAAAUGACCUAAUUGAAGCAAUGCACAUACAUUCCUACUUGCUUCUUAAAGCAUCUAAUACAUAUCAACUUAUACCUAUAUAAUGAUUGCAAUAAAAAAAUUAUA